UGCGGGCGGAUUGGACAGGGACGGGCGGGUUGGUGUGUUUGUAAUGACACAUUUUGAAAGCUCAUGAACAUAGUAGCCAAAGCUCGAGCUGAAGUGAAACUGGAUACUUUUAUCUUGCUUCCUCCUCUGGGUAGAAGUACUUAAAGAUAACGAGAUAUGUAUUUUUUUAGGCGAAUGUGAUAGAAAGUUAUGUAACAACAACGACAAAAAUAACAGGGGUUUGAAAGAGAAACGGCGGUGGAAUGCGAAGUUAUCGACGGUGACGGUGGAAUGGCGCAGAGCUCCGGAGCUCCGCAGCCGACCCCGGGUCCGCCCUCCUCCUUCUCCUCUUCCUCCUCUACCUCUUCCUCCUACUCCUACUACUCCUCUCUGCCCGGGCAGGAGGCCACGGAGGCGGGAUGCAGCACCGUACUGAUGUCGGUCAAAGUGUCGGCGAGUCACUCCCGGAUCCGGCCGCUGUGUUUGCCCGGCUGUGGAGAUGAAGCUCUGCGGCUUCAGCUCAGCAUGGACCCGGGGAAGGCGGGGGAAUUCCGGUUGGCCCUGAGAAACAGCAGCGGAACUAACGCGUCCAUCGCUGAGUUCGAUCUCAGGACGGUGCGCUAUGAAAUCAAGACUCCACGGAGUCACGAGCUGAUCUUGGCCACGCCCCCACAUGACCGUAUCACCUUCAACUUCCGAAGCGAACAGGAAGCGCAGGCCUGGGCCACCGUGGUGAUGUCGUCACUCCGCGAGGCCCAUCGAGUGGUCGUUGGAUGUCCUGCAGAUGACGGACAGCUGUUGCCCCAGCCACUGGUUGUACAAAUGCCUGCCUCACCGUCCAGCACGGAGGAGUUGUGUAUGGAGCUGGUCCGUGCUAUAGAGGCUGGUGAUGUUGAGGCUGCGUCUGUGUGUGCGGAGUCUCUGGCUCGUCAGCACACUCCGCUGUGCAUUCAGCCAAAUCACAAACACUACAGCAACAAGGAGAUCAGUUUGUCAGUUGUGUUGGAGGACGCUUCCUCUUCCUGUUGUGUCACCGUUAAAGUCUUCCCCCUUACCACGGUGGCUGCUCUUAAACAGCAGGUCUUUGUGCAGUAUGGCUUCCAUCCACACGUCCAGCGCUGGGUCAUCGGUCAGUGUUUGUGCACAGACUCUCAUACUCUGGCUUCCUACGGUGUGCAGCAGGAUGGAGACACCGCCUUCCUGUACCUGGUGUCCAGGCAGAGGCAACAGGACCAGGAGAACUUCCCACUCGCUCCCACUUUCACACAGUCUGUCGGAAAUGGACCGGAGGCAGCAGUGAGAGCCUACAGCACGCUGCCCACCAGACUGCACCCGCACCACAACAACACUGGCAGUAGUAGUGGUAGUAGGGCCGGGACAGAUAGGCUGGGCGUGGGUGAAAUCUGUGACCUGAUUAAUCUGGAGAUGCCGCAGCUCAACGAAGCCCUCUUGCCCAGCAGAACUAACACACAGCUGGGAUGGGCGUGUCCAUCCUGUACGUACAUUAACAAGCCGACGCGGCCCGGCUGUGAGAUGUGCAGCGCGGACAGACCCGAGAAUUACACAGUGCCUGGAGGCUACAGACCCGACACACUGGAAAUGCGACGCAUCCAGCAGGAGAAAGAAGCCAUCAGACAGUACCAGCAGGCACAGGAAGCAGAGCGCAGGGAGAACUAUGCUCGGCUGGUGGAGGUGGACGGUCAGGAGCUGGUGCCGAAUGCAGAGAGCAUCGAAUGCAGGAUUUGUUACUUACAGCUUCAGUCAGGAGAAGGAGUCCUGCUGCGUGAGUGUCUCCACUGCUUCUGCAGAGAAUGUUUGCGUUCAGUAAUCCUGCUAUCAGAGGAUCCUCAGGUGGCGUGUCCCUACAGAGACGAGGCAUACGCAUGUGACUGCACACUGCAGGAGAGAGAGAUCCGUGCUCUGGUUUCGGGUGAGGAGUACGAGCGCUGGCUGCAGCGAGGGCUUUCAGUGGCUGAGUCGCGCUGUGAGGGCAGUUAUCACUGCGCCACCACUGACUGUCCAGGUUGGUGUGUGUAUGAGGAUACGGUCAACACCUUCCACUGCCCUGUCUGUAACAAGCACAAUUGCCUGCUCUGCAAGGCAAUUCAUGAAGGGAUGAAUUGUAAACAGUACCAGGAUGAUCUUGCUGCUCGUGCUAUCAAUGACAUUGCAGCCCGGAGAACGAGGGACCUCCUGAAGACUCUGGUGAGGUCCGGCGAGGCGAUGCACUGUCCUCAGUGUGGAAUCAUUGUGCAGAAGAAGGAAGGCUGUGAUUGGCUGCGCUGCACUGUGUGUCACACCGAGAUCUGCUGGGUCACCAGAGGACCGCGCUGGGGCCCUGGGGGUCCCGGAGACACAAGUGGAGGUUGCCGCUGUAAUGUGAAUAAACAGAGAUGCCACCCAAAAUGUCAGAACUGCCACUGAGAGAGAGAGAGGGAUAGAUGGAUGAAAACCAACAACAGUGAAAAUCCUACAAAAAAGACUGAAAGCUAAAACCAAAGCAGAAUAUCUUUAACUUAACAGAGCCACGAUUAAUUUUAUAGUACUGGACAAAAUGCACUUUUUAAAUGUCUUACACCCAGCAGUGAUAUUAUACAGGUGGAAAA